AUGCGUUGGCAACGGUACAAAGCGAGCUGUCAAGCGGGUGAGCCGCGCGCUCCGUUUUAUGCGUUGUUUGAGUUUUUGGAAUUGAUUAAAGCAGAUAUAUGGAGGAAUAUAAAGUGGGAUGUUGAUCUGACGGAGCAACUGCGACUCUUCCCCGAAAAUCACAAAACCGAAGCAGAAGAGCUACAGACACCGCGUGUACAGAAAUUGCGCGGCACAGCAUCGCCAACGGUUGAGAGAUCGUCCGCCGAGGCAGUUUCAUCGCUGCUGAAAACUCAGGCGGGAAGUAACUUGUUGUUAAAGUGA